AGUCAACAUAGACUGACAAAAACAGGUCAAAUUUAACAGCCAGCCAUCUGGUACACCUUUGAAAACAAAGCACCAGGGACAUGUGAACUGUAAUAACCCGGUUAUUUUGUGGCCAUACAAGCGGGCCAGGCAAACAGAUACAGUCGGCGGGGUUGGUGGUCGGUCAAUAACGCUAUAAAGAACCAGGUCAGACAGAACAAAACAAGUCAUGUGUGAUUGACUGGCACUAUAAAACGGUGGAGUCAAGUGUUUGGUUCCCACAAAAAAACAAGGCUGGGACCCGAGAAGCUACAAGCGGUUACAAGAACUGCAAGAAGGACAAUACGAGGAGUGCGGCAGUGCAUUUUUUCCAGUCUACGUCCACAGACAAGGCCACAUUGUGCAAGGGCAGGGCUGAUCUGAGCUCUUGUGUAGACAAUCUGACAAACAUUCAACAGACGGGAACUAGUCAAACACUGAGGUUGCCUCCCACGCAACAACACCUACAGGGACCACCAUACUACAGGGCUUGCAACGGCAACUUUGCUGCUAAACAACAAGUGCCAAGGUACAACAGGUUCAAGUUUCUUUUUCUGGAACAUUCCUAGAUGUUUUUAAAGUUACAGGACCAGUGUGAAGAGUAAUUCCAAGUCCUUCCAAAGGUAAAUUGAGGGAGCUCUCGAAAACAAGAUGGCUUCGGACGCCUGUACUGAUGACGUUGCCUGCGGUGACUGUGAUGCCACGUAUUACAGCAUUCUCGCUGACAUACAAAAAACUGUGGGGGAGGUAGAAGGAACCCUGCAGGAAAGUGAGCACAGUGUCGAGUCUACAGCAGUUAAAGAGGAGCUAACAGAGACCACUGUUGUUUCGGAAACUAUAAUCACAAAAUACAGCGCCCAGGUGACAGUUACAACAACCCAAGCUGAGAAACACCUGCAAAUUUCUGCCACUGAACCACCAGACAGAAUGGAGCCAGAGACCACAGAGUCUGAGACCACAGAGCCUGAAGAAAGCUUCAGAAAAGCAGAAACAGAACACGCCUCCGACAUUCCGCCAAGGUGCGUCAUAACUACUGUUGCUAAGAGCAUGAGUUCUGAUGACAGCCCAGAGGUCGAAGUCUCUACAGAGGAACAGCCAAACAACCUGGGUAAGGAAGAAGCUAAUAAAGAUUUGAGGGAGCCUGAGGCACAUCUUACAGUGCAGCUUUCAGCACAGGGUGAGAAGGAUACUACAAUGUUGGAGGAAAUCAUGUCUACCUUGGCAAAAAAUCAAGAGCAGGAAGAUAACAACACUCAAGAAGACUGCCUGGGGGAGAAAGAAAGGGAAGAUGCAGAGGAAGCAGAGGACCAGGAAGUUGAGAAAGAAGGAGGGGGCGAGGAUGAAAUAAAGGAAAAUCUGGCAGAGAGAGAAGGGCUGAAGGAAGAAGAGGAGGCAGACAAUGCUGAGGAAGAAGGAAAAGAGGAAGGAGGUAUCAAAGAUGCAGUGGAGGAAGAAUCAGAAGAAAGAGAUGCAGAGGAGAAGGAGGUUGAGAAUGUAGGAGUAGAUGAAAAGGAAGAUGAGGAACAGGAGGUGGAGCAUGAAGAAGUGAAGAGAGAAGAAGCAGAAAAUGAAGUAGAGAAAGAAGAAGUGGAGCAGGCAGGAGAGGAAGAAAAUCAAGAGGAGAAAGGAGGAGUGAAAGAGGAAGAGGCAGACAAUGAGGUUAAGACAGACAAAGAGGAGGAAGGACAAGUAGAAGAGCAAAAUGAAGGUGAGAAAGAAGAAGUAGAGGAAAGGGAUGUAGAAGAAAAGGGUGUGGAUGCAGAAGAAGUAACAGAAGUAGGAGAGGAAAAGAAAGAGGAAAAGGAAGUAGUGAAGGGAGGGGAAGAGGGACAGCAGCUAGAGGAAAAUGCAGUGGAGAGAGAAGAAGCAGAAACCCAAGUAGAGGAAAAUGCGGAGGAGAAUGAAGUGGAGGGGGGAGUAGAAGAAGGAGAUGAACUGAAGGCAGAAGUGAAGACAGAAGAAGAUGUGGAAGAUGAAGAUAAAGAAGUAGCAGAGGAAGAGGAGAAAGAAGGAGUGGAGGAAAAUGAUGCUGAGAAAGACAUAGUGGAGGAAGGUAAAUUGGAAGAAGAAGAAAAGCUAGAAGAUGACAAAACAGAAGAAGUGGAGAAAGAGGUAGAUGGAGAUGAUGGAGACGAUGAAACAAACAUUCCAGAUGCAGGCACCGAACCAGAGGCCAAAGACACAGAGGACAGCCCUGAAAAGAAGGUAGUGGAAAUCCUGGCUGAGGAAGAAAAUGUUGAAGACAACCUGCCUGCAGUAAGUGCAGAAGAAGAAACAUCUAGUAACAAAGAAACCAAACCAGAACCAACAGAGCUGGAGAUCCAUACAGCUCCAUCAGAGGAAGUUCCAGAUACUGCACUUACAAGUGACAAGGGGACACAGUAUCCUCCUGACAAGGCCUUCACAAUCCCAGACGACAUACCUUACAUCGAUGAUGCAGAGCCAGGGGAAGAAACAGAACACCAGACAGAAGCGAAGAAAGAAACUGAAGUGAAGAAAGAAACAAUCACACAGGCUAGUGAGGAAACAGCUGAAGGAAUAAAGCCGGAAGAAGCUGCAUUCUUGGCCUUCAUGGAAGCAAAUGCAAAGGACGAAGACCCAGACGAUGAAGACACAAACAAACCUGAUGACACUGCAAUGAUGGACCAAAUCAUGGCUGCACUAGCAAAACAGAAAGAGGAGGAAGCUAACAAGAAGAAAGAAGACGACAAAGGGGAGGAGAAAGGAGAAGAAAACAACAAGGAAAAGGAGAAAGAAGACGACAAACAUUCCAAGGAGAAAGACUUGGAUGUAGACAAGGAUGACAAAACUGCUAAAGACAAGGAUGGAGAAGAUGUAGAGAAGCCAGAAGAGGAAGAAACGAAGAAGAAGAAAAGGCCAAAGCUGCUGAGGUGUAUGCUACCAUGUGUGUAUCCACGGAAAGGGAAGAAAGCCUGACUGUAAGUAGCUA